CCCUUUUUCCAGGGAUAUUUUAUGGGUUCAAAGGUCUCCUGCUCCUCCUUGGGAUCUUCUUGGCCUAUGAGACCAAGAGCGUCUCCACCGAGAAGAUCAACGACCACCGCGCCGUCGGCAUGGCCAUCUACAACGUGGCGGUGCUUUGCCUCAUCACGGCGCCGGUGACGAUGAUCCUGAGCAGCCAACAGGACGCCGCCUUCGCCUUCGCGGCGCUGGCCGUCGUCUUCUCGUCCUACAUCACCCUCGUCGUGCUCUUCGUGCCCAAGAUGCGGCGCCUGAUCACGCGGGGGGAGUGGCAGUCGGAGCAGCAGGACACCAUGAAAACGGGAUCCUCCACCAACAACAACGAGGAGGAGAAAUCUCGGCUCCUGGAGAAGGAGAACCGGGAGCUGGAGAAGAUCAUCGCCGAGAAGGAAGAGCGGGUGUCGGAGCUCCGGCAGCAGCUCCAGGACCGGCAGCAGCUCCGCUCCCGCCGCCGCCCGUCCAACCCUUCCCGGGAGAACGGCGACAACAACCACUUCCCGCUGGGAUCGGGGGGAGCCCCCGCGGCCCCCCCGGGCGGGGGAGGGGGGACGGGACCCCCCUUCUACCAACCCAACCUGCCCCUCGUGCGCUGCCUCGUGUCCGAGCAGGCGGAGAAGUUGGGACGCGGGAAUUGCGACGGGAGCCGCGUCCACCUCCUCUACAAGUGACCCCUCCCCCGGGGGCGGGGCCUCGACAGCUAAUUGUUAAUGAGGGUUUCGGGAUAAUUUGGGGCGUCUCGGAGGUUGUUUGGGGUGUUUUGCUCCCCCGGGAAUUCCAUGGAAAAGUGGGGUGGGAGGGGCUUAGAUCAGGGGCGGGGCCUCUUUGACCAAUUAUUAAUGAGGUUUUCGGGAUAAUUGUGCUGGUUUGGGGUGUUUUCCCCCUUUCCAGGAGUUCCAGGUGUUUCCUGGGAUCAGGUGGAAAAGGGGUGGGAGGGGCUUAAAUUAGGUGGGAGGGGGUUAAAUAAAGAGGGAGGAGCAAGAGAUGAGUUGGAAAAGUGGGAAGACCCUCCAAAAUUCCCCGAAGAUUGUCCCGGUCUCCUCUACAGUCAAAGCCCAGUUAUCCCAGAAAUCCCACAGCAUUCCCAUAAUCCUACAGUUAUCCCAUAAAACCUACAGUUAUCCCAAAAACCUGACAAUCAUCCCCAAACCCCCCCCCCCCCCGUUAUCCCAAACACCUCACAGUUAUCCCAAAAAUCCUACAGUGAUCCCAGAAAUCCUACACUCAUCCCAAAACCCCCAGUGAUCCCACAAAUCCUACACUCAUCCCACAAAUCCCACACUACUCCCGGUGCCUUCCUACCCCCUCUCCACCUGUAGCAAUUCCCAUCCCUUCCCCCCCUUCCCCAUCCCAGGAAUCCCCAUAAUCCCCUGUAGCUCCCUGACCCUGGGAUCCCAUUCCAGGGUUGUAACCCAUGGGAAUUCCCUGGGAAUCCCCAAAGUUUUAGGUCCAGGCUUUGUCUCCAAGCCCGGCUUUGAAUCCACGCAGGGUGUUGUUCCCAAUCCCUCAGGAAUGGGACGGAUCCAGAGGGCGGGUUUUUGGGAUGGGGGUGGAUCCAGUGGGAUCAUCUGGAUGGAAUUCCAUGUGUCCAGAGAAUUCCCAAAUUCCCAGACUGUUGUAUCCGGGUCCGGCCCCUCCUGUACAGCCGCACUUUACUGGGAAAACCGGACUCUUUUCCUUCUUCC